AAACAAUUGUCUUCGCGUCUUGUCUUGUCUUGUCCUGUUAUAUUAUACUAGUAGUAUUUCUUUAUGGAGGGUAUCACAAAUAUUAGAUACAGAGAGAGAAAACAGAUUGCUGCUUCCUUCCUCAACAAACUCCGUGAUUUUCUUUUCUUUUCUGUUCUUUCUCUCUCUCUCUCUCUCUCGAUAUAUAUAUAUACAUAUACAUCUCUCUUCACACGGAGGCGAUUAUUGAAGAUUUUAAACCUUGAUUGAUUGGUGGUUUUGGUUUUUGAGAGAAGAGAAAAACAACAAAACAAAAAGAGUGGAUGAGCAGCACUAGGACCAGAGACAAGGAGAACAACAACAAGCAGCAGCAGCAGCAGCCGCAGCCAGGGAUGCUGCAAUUGGGGAAUUACGAGUUAGGAAGGACUCUUGGAGAAGGCAAUUUCGCAAAAGUUAAAUUGGCUAAGAACCUCCACUCCGGCCACCCUUUUGCUGUUAAGAUCCUUGACAAGGCCAAAAUCAUUCAACUCAACAUCACCGAUCAGAUCAAGAGAGAAAUCGCCACCUUGAAGCUGCUCAAACAUCCUAACGUAGUUCGGUUACAUGAGGUCUUGGCAAGCAAAACCAAGAUUUACAUGGUCCUAGAAUACGUAACUGGAGGGGAAUUGUUUGACAGAAUUGCAUCCAAAGGGAAACUUUCCGAGUCCCAAGGAAGGAAGCUCUUCCAGCAAUUAAUUGAUGGUGUUAGUUACUGUCACGGCAAAGGUGUUUAUCACAGGGAUCUUAAGCUCGAAAACGUUCUUAUUGAUGCAAAAGGGAACAUAAAGAUAUCUGAUUUUGGACUCAGUGCGUUGCCCCAACACAUCAGGGGGGAUGGCUUACUGCAUACAACCUGCGGAAGUCCUAACUAUGUGGCACCAGAGAUUCUCGCUAAUAAAGGGUAUGAUGGUGCCACCUCAGACAUAUGGUCAUGUGGCGUCAUCUUGUAUGUAAUUCUCACCGGAUAUCUCCCUUUCGAUGAUAGAAAUCUUGCAGUUCUCUAUCAGAAGAUUUUCAAAGGGGAUGCUCAGAUUCCUAAGUGGUUAUCAUCUGGUGCUCGGAACAUGAUAAGAAGGAUUCUUGAUCCAAACCCUGAUACCAGGAUAACAAUUGCAGGUAUUGAAGAUGAUGAAUGGUUCAAGCAAGACUAUACUCCUGCAGUAGCUGAUGAUGAGGAAGAAGAUUUAUACAUUGACGAUGAAACCUUCUCAAUGGAUGAAGUGGCAUCUGAUGGAACUAGAAGACCAGAAUCACCCACUAUCAUUAAUGCUUUUCAGUUGAUAGGAAUGUCCUCAUGCCUGGACCUUUCUGGUUUCUUCGAGGAGGAGGAUGUCUCUGAAAGGAAGAUCAGAUUUACAUCCAAUCAUUCGGCAAAAGAUUUGCUCGCAAGGAUCCAAGAUAUUGUGACAGAGAUGGGAUUUCGAGUCCAAAUGAAGAACGGAAGGUUGAAAGCAACACAAGAACACAGAGGCCAGAAAUGUCAUGGCAGCCUUUCAGUUGCAGCCGAGGUGUUUGAGAUAAGCCCAUCCUUGUAUGUAGUUGAAUUAAGAAAAUCGUGUGGUGAUUCUACAGUUUAUAGACAGUUAUGUAAAAAGCUUUCAAAUGACUUGGGCGUUCGUCAAGGCCAAGGGCUGGUGUACACAGAAGCUUGAUAGACUGGUCGUUGAUUGGUUAAAGGAUAUCAGCUCUGAGCCUGAGAGUGAGAGAGAUGUUAUCAUAGGUUGUAGUUAUGUUUAUGUAAAUGUUUUUUUUUUUGUUUAUUUACAGCAGUAUUUUCUUUUUUGUUUUAUAGCUUUUUGGGAAAAAAGAGAGACUUAAACUAAAGUAUAUACAUGUAAGCACAUAUGUCCAAAGUGCAGAUAUGUUGUGUUGGCUGUUACAAGCAGAAGCAGCAGUCUAGUCUUUUAAUGUAAUCCAGACAGUACAGCUGCUUUCUGCAUGUUCAUAGAAAUUGAUAAUUGAAUAUAAAAUCACAUUUAAUCAGUUAAACUCUGCCUAUUUGGCUA